AAUCAACACACAUUCGUGCUUUCCAUAUAAGAAAUUAGUGUAUGAGGUAAGCCAAACCAUACACAGAUUAGUAUCAAACCGCAUGUGUGGAUUAUAAACGAUAAAAACCACCCCACAUGCGCCACAUCUUCGGUAUAUUUUUACUUCUCACACACCAGUAAAGAAAAAUCAAAUGAAUUAACAAAACACAAUCUUUUGAAAUGUCACUACGGAUAAAAUAUCGGGUUGUGUUACUUACCGCUGCUACCAUCUUUAUUUACUUCCUUGCAUCACACUUCCGUAAGCAAAAUAUUUGGGCAGAGAAAACAAGCUAUCUACCGCAAGAAGAAGAUUUAUUCCAGAAUGAAACAGCUCCUAGUCGUAUCCAUGAUAAUGUUUUGUCUUCAUCAACCAAAUACACAUCGUCAAAAACAGUUACCGACCACUAUGCAGCUAAUAACCAACCUUCAAGAAAUGACUUAUUUACCCAGAAUAAAUAUAACAAUCAAUUCGACGCUGUUCAAGAGAAAGCAAGUUAUGACAAAACGCAGAGCUCGAUCAAAAUGCCAUCGAAUAAAGAAAAACUCCAAACAAAAGACAAGAAAGACGCAGAGACGCAUUUUGCAAACACGAUUUCCACACAUAACGUUAUCGAGGCAAAGAAUAAAGAAAGUAGCGAGACCAUUUUAGAAGAAGAUGAUGACGCAGAUGGCGAGUCAGAAAACAACGAAGUUCCUAUUGAAGAAGAAGAAGAACAAGUUGCAAUUGAAACAAAAAACCAAACGAUUGAUACUUCAAAAAGACCUCCGCAACAACUAAAUGAUUUGAAAGAUCAAGAUGAUGGAGAGUCAACUUUCGAAAUAGCCUCUGGGAUGAACAUCCAAGAACCGAAUGGUAAUAUUCUGCUUUCAGAAAGUAUUCAGUCGCAGAAAGCCCACGGCUCCAUACCACCUCUUACGAAACCCUCCUCUCAUUUUGCAAGUCCCUCGCCUUCGGGUGAAGCAAGCAAAGAUGUAAGUUUUAAUAAUAUAAACGAUAAAAUCAAGUCAAACUCAUCACUGGUAAAUGAUAUUAGCGAGGGAGCUAGCGUCGAAAUGACGCAGCAGAAGCAAGGUAAUGACACAUGUUCAUACCGCCUUAAUAUUGAUAACAAAAAGUCUAAACGAAAAGCAAGAUGUCAGCUGUACUCGAAUUAUAUGAACACGUGUAACGAAGCUAAAAAAUAUUACAACAAGAAAAAGUACCAGAAAAUCCCAAAGUGCAAAAAUAAACGCUACCCACCCAUUUGUCAUUUUAAUACGUCUGUAAACACGGGUGAUUCUGAAACGUUUAACUUGGUUUGCAACGACGAUAUUUGUGGAAAUACUCAAAUUACAUUGGCAGUUAUAAACUCGGGCACCGGUAAAAUGAAUCACAUUGCUUUAGAAAAUACCACGGCUUUGAAAGAAAUGUUUGGGCAUGAUUUUACAUACCUUAAAAUGAAUCCUGAUGUUGACUUUGUUUUUCUUUCUUGCCGAAAAGAUAAAAAAAAAAAAAUUCAUCAGCUGCUACAGCUCCCACCAAAGGUGUCAACGUAUAAGCCAAGCUCUCAAGAAAAACGUCCUAAACUAAACGUUAACGUUUUUGUUAUUGACUCCCUUUCCAGGCAACACUUCUAUCGUAUUUUACCGAACACAGUUAAAGCAUUGACAUCAAUUAGUACCGAUAAGGAAAGCAAAACACAGGUUUUGGAUUUCGAAGGCUUUCAAAGUUUAGCUCCAUUUACUUAUGUCAAUCUGCAAGCAUUUUUGUCGGGCAGUGUAUUUUUUGACAGCAUAUCAAAUCGUAAGUAUAAUUUUGAAAAACUGUUUAAAAUUUUCAAAGAUGCCGGUUAUGAAACGAUGCUCCAGGAAGAUACCUGCUGGUACGAUGCGUGGGGUUCCUUAUUAACCGGUAACCGAAAGUUAAACAGCAAAUCUGAAGUUGAUUAUCAGGAGAUUUGGAAUGAAGUUCAAAAUCUAACUAAAUCAUACGGAGUUGAUAGCGUCGGUCUGACGCAUAUGUCAUGUGAGGUACUGAAACUUUAUGGUGCUACCAAUCUUUAUAAUUCAGAAAAAAUGGUGUGCUUGAAUGGAAAAAUAUUGAGUUCGUAUUUCAUCGACUACAUUGCUACUGCUCUGCACAGUAGAAGUAAGAUAAAAAAUUCAAAACCUCUACUAUCGUAUACACACAUCAACUUUGCUCAUGAGUUCACAGGGAUGCGAUUAAAAGCUAUAGAUAAACACCUCUCAAAAUUUAUUCAAUACCUUGGUACAUCUGACGACACGAUAUCUAUAUUGUGGUCUGACCAUGGAGGCAAAACUAAUAAAUAUUCCAUGGACACACUUACAGGGAGAUUUGAAGUAUAUGAUCCGUUUUUGUUUAUGAUUUUACCAAAAACAUUUUCGAGUAUUGUUGGGGAGACAAGAUUUAACGCCUUGAUAGACAAUCAGAACGCCUUAACGAGUGUUGUGAACUUGCGUGAUAUGCUCUUUGAUGUCCUGGACGAAGUUUCCGUCACGAGCAAUAACAACCAUCAAGAUAAACAGGGUAGCCUGAUGUCUCCAUUUCCACAUGAAAGGGUAGACUGUCAAGACCUUCCCGGAAGAAAAUACUCUCUCUGUAAAUGUAUAAACAAAAUAAGCUUUCUUAGUAUGGAUGACCAUGUAUAUAAACAAUUUCUAACAUGGCUGGGCGAAUUCUCUGCUGGAUAUCUCAAUAAUAAGCUGACGUUGUUGCAGAAUCAUUCUCCAACGCACCGUUGUCUACGUUUAACAGUAAAUUCCAUAAAAAAUAUCAUCGCCAAAGAUUCUGGAACAGGAACGAUAUACGUGUUUGACCUAGUCGUGUUAACCGAUCAACAUAAAGAAGAGUUAUUCAACUUUCAUGUUUUCUUUAACACAAAGCGGAAUGAAAGUUUAGACAUGUUACAAGUUGAACACUGGCAGAGAAUAUCUUUAUAUAAUAAAUACACGGCAUGUAAAGACCCAACUGUAUCCCUAGAAAUGUGCGUGUGUUCUCACAAGAAACAGAGUUAUCAAACCGAGCACGAUUUAACAGAAUAUAAACAGUUUGGUGUCAACAGUAGCACGAAACCAGUUUCUAAUUCACGCUGUUUGUUUUUGAUCACACGUAAACAUUCGAGCGUUGCAACAUUUGAAAUUGCCAAUCUUUGUAAUGAAAAAAUGAACGUAGUUUUCAGUACACCAGUAUUGUACAAUUGGGAAGUAGCAGAGGGACUACCAAUAACAAUAUCUGCUUUUCCGUCAACCAUCAACUUUAUCACUACAUUUUACAAGGUAACAGAAAACACGGAAGAAAUACAACCCCUAAUUGAAAUUAAAAAAAAAAUAAAUAAAUAAUAUCUAAGAAUUA